AUGACCCCAUUGUUGCUUGGACCGGCAACUUGUCGAGACUGCUGUGAAAUAAAAAAAAAUCGUUCAGCUGUAGCAUCCUUUCGGUGCCUAACUGCCAUGCCACCAGAAGGAAGCGCGAUGGAUGGGAUACUUCCAGGUUGGCUAGACAGGGGAUGUCGAGAGGCAGAGAUCGAGUUCGAACCAUGGACCUUGCAGUCAGUAAAUCUGCGCUCUAACCACUGA